AUGGCUCAACCCAAUGGCAGUGACACGGCUCUUCCCCCCCAUCCCCUCCGUCCGCUGUCACAGGAGGAAGCUCAGAGGGCCAGUGCCAUUGCGAUCCAGGCCUACGCCAAGGACGUCAGCACGACCCUCACCUUUCGUAUCGUCCAGCUCCACGAGCCAGAGAAGGCCGAGCUCGUCGAGUUCCUCAAGGCAGAGCAUGCCGGGGCGCAGCCGUCCUCCGUCCCGGCCAGGCAGGCCGAAGUCCUGUUCGACGUGGUGAAAGAUGGACAGGUCCAACUCAUUGAGCUCAUCGUCGAUCUCGACGCUGCCAAGGUCGCAAACACGAGGUCGUUCCCCCCAGUCGGCCACACUGGUCUCAUACCACCCGAAUUUGGCCAGUUCCAGGACGCGUGCCUGGCGUCCGAGAUCUUCAGCGAGGCCAUGGCCGAGUUUGACAUUCCCGACAAGUUUAAGAUCAUCAUCGACCCUUGGCCGUACGGAGGUCCCGACCCGGAUGAGGAGAUCCCGCGCUACAUGCAGGGCCUCGUGUACGCGAGGGACUCGAGCAACGACAACCCGGACUCGAACCACUACGCCUAUCCCCUGCCCAUCAUCCCCGUCAUGGACAUGACUACCAAGAAAAUUAUCCGCGUUGACAGGAUGGCUACUGGCGGAAAAGGUGAAAGCUUGCACGCAGCCGCCAAGGCCGACAAGCCCAAGAAGCUCUUUGAGCAGUCUACUGGUGCAGAGUAUGUCCCUGAACUCCUCGACAUUCCUCUGCGCCAGGAUGCCAAACCCAUCAAUGUUGUCCAGCCCGAGGGCGCAAGCUUCAAGGUUCACAGUGACAACCUGGUCGAGUGGCAGAAGUGGCGGUUCCGUGUGGGCUUUACACCCCGAGAAGGCGCUGUGCUUCACGAUGUCUGCUAUGAUGGCCGCCCGAUUGUGUAUCGUCUGUCCUUCUCCGAAAUGACGGUACCGUACGGUGACCCUCGGCCCCCGUACCAUCGCAAGCAGGCCUUUGACUUCGGAGAUGGUGGCUGCGGACGGGCUGCCAACAACCUCGAGCUUGGCUGCGAUUGCCUCGGCGCAAUCCACUACUUUGAUGCAUGGAUGCCUGGUCUCGAUGGCGAAGCGACGCUAUCGAAGAAUGUUGUUUGUCUUCACGAGCAGGACAACGGAGUCGGGUGGAAGCACACAAACUUCCGUACUGGUAGAGCGGUCGUCACGAGGCUCCGGGAGCUCGUCGUCCAGUACAUUGUCACCCUGGCCAACUACGAGUACAUCUUUGCAUACAAGCUUGAUACCGCUGGCGGCAUAACGGUGGAGACCCGCGCAACGGGCAUCGUAAGUGUUGUGCCAAUCGACUACGGCAAGACUUCGGACUACGGCAAUGUCGUAUCGCCCGGCACCCUUGCGCAGAAUCACCAGCAUAUCUUCGCUAUCAGGGUCGACCCCAGUAUCGACUCGUACAGUGCCGAAGAGACUAGUGUCGUGGUGGAGGAGACACAUCCCAUUCCUAUGAACCCAGAGACCAACCCACAUGGAAAUGGUUACGAGAUCCGACGCACAGUUGUCGAUCGCCCGCGCCAUCUCGACGCGGAGCCAAAGCUCAACCGUGUUGUCAGGAUUGAGAACAGCACCAAAACGAAUCCCAUCAGUGGCAAGAACGUUGCAUACAAGUUCACACCAAGUGCGACGCAGCUUCUCCUCGCCGACCCGGGAAGUGUCCAGGCUGCUCGUGCACAAUUCGCCACGCACCAUGUCUGGGUGACAGGCUAUCGUGACGGCGAACUAUGGGCAGCCGGAGAGCUGACGAACCAGUCAAGGAGGGAGACGGGUGGUGUCAGGGAUAUGACGGAGCGAGGAGAUUGGUUUGCGGGCGCUUCUGAGACUUCUGGAGGGAGCGGCAAUGGGCAGCAGAGCAGCCCUGUGAUCUGGACCGUAUUCGGCCUGACGCAUAAUCCCCGCGUCGAGGACUGGCCCGUGAUGCCCGUCGAGAUUCACCAGAUACACAUCCGCCCCGCGGACUUCUUCACCAGGAACCCGGCGCUGGACGUGCCAGCGAAUGCCAACAAAACGAGCGUGCUCGUGCCUUGCUGCAAUCGGAAGGAUUCGGGCGAAGAAGCCGCAGCUACGAAUGGUGAUGCAAGCGAAGGAGGGGCAGUGCAAAAAGACCCAGUCACCCAUCUCCAAGGCACCAAAGCCGUGGACCCGGCGGAGCUGCCCCUUAGGACGGACAAGGACAAGAAGAGGCUCUCGACAACGCUGUCAGGCUUGUUUGGGUUUGGCAAGAAAGCUUGA